GGCGGCCGGCUUCUCAAACGAGCGAGGUCCAAGAUGGCAGCCGGCACCCAACCACAAACUUACAAACAGAUCGAACCGUUAUCAUUGGACGAAAGAAAACCGUUAUAUAAAAAGUGAGAGAACGUAUACAAUAGGCAAGCAGGAGCCGCAUGAGUGAAAGGGUAAUGACGCGCAGAGGAGCUCAUCAUCAAAGUGUUUUUUUAACAAAUGGCUCUAUCCGAGGUGCACGAUGUAGCUACGAUUAUUAGCAACAAUCGUUUCAGUGUUGACAAGAUGAAUUUGGAAGAUGAAGACAAUCAAGAUUUAAACAAUUCAAUGGUUAAUGAUUUAGUUUCUAAAAUUCUUGACGAUGACUCUACCAUCAAUGAUCAUACGUAUAACAGUAGCUAUAAUAGCAGUUUUCCAUUUUUAUCAUUACCUCAUUUUUGCAAUGCCGAUAGAAUGGAGGAUAAUUUAAAGAUUUCCCAAAAUGAUGCCAUUGAUUGUAAUGAUCACUAUCAGCUGAACAAAUUGCUGAACAAUAGUUGUAGUUCAACUAUAAUCGAUCAAAAUUCUAGUAAUCUUUGUCAAGAGUUAAGAACGUUAAGUCUGAAUGGAUGUAUGGAACAACCUGUUAUAACAGCAGAUCAAGGAAAUUUGUACACUAGUGGAAUGAUAGGAAGCGGAUAUAAUAGUAAUUCUCAUCAAUAUGCUGUGCACUCUACCAAUGAAAGUUGCUGUAGUAUAACUAACCCAUCAGUUUGUAAUAAUUUAUUGACAUCAGAUGAAAUAAAUUAUACCAAACAGUCUUCUAGUUGGCCAGAAACUUUAAUGACUCCAGUGACUACGCAAGAUACGUUAACAAAUUAUCAACGGAUUAGAUCGUCUAUCGAUUCGGAUUUAAAUUUUAAUGAUGCUUUAAAUUUAGCUUCAGAAUCACCAAAUUUGGCUGUUAUGAAUGAAGCAGUAUACUAUAAUAACUUUAGAUCAAACGCACCUUUGAAUUUACACGAUAAUCCUACAGUUGCGACUCACGAUGUGUACAAUAUGACUGGAAAUAAUCAAACUUAUAGACCAAGCUCGGCAAUGAUAAAUCUUAACACGAAUGCUUCUUUUGGAACAAGUUCUCCGCUGCAGCAUUUCACUUCUAGCGAUAUAACUCUGCAGAAUUGUUUUGGAAAUAAUACGCAACACAAUAAUAUUGCAGAGUACAAAGAUUUAUAUGAACCUAUUAGAUUAAGUACUGGAAAUGUUACUAUGAAUAACGAACAAGUUUGCUUAUUACAUCAACAAACAUCUAAUUAUCAGUUAGAACGAUCUGUGGACCAAAACCAUAAGCAUCCAAUUGACUGUUUUCCUUGUACUAAUGAAUACACUGUGCCAUCUAUUAAUAAUUUAGACACAAAUGAGAAUAUUUGCAUUAGUAGUAACUAUGACCAUAGAACUGAUAAUAAUUUAUUAAAGAUUAUAAAUACUAAGCCAAAGACUAACGAAACAAAAAUCUACUCCUCUAUCGGUUUUCCAAAAAAUAUAAGUCCGCGAGAUGAGAAUGAGGCAAUAGUUAAAUACGAUUAUCAUAAUUAUCAACACAACAUUACAAAGAACGUGGAGAACUUGAAAACUUUGUCGCAAAACUUUACGCCGUAUCACAAGGAUUUAAAGCAAUCUCAUGUCAAUCCUGCAUACAAAAUGCAAUCAUUUGGUUCAUCUGAUAAAGUGGCUUUUACAUCAAGAAAUCGCUUGACCAAUAAAAUUAAUGAUUCUGCUCUUGGAAGAGAUGUUUUCAAUUAUGUCAUUAAACAACAUCAAAUGCCAAGUGUUCAAAAUAUAUCUAAUAUUCCACCACCUGAUAUAAUGUUUAAUUCAACGCUAAUACCAAACAUGACUACUGGAAGACCUGGAUUAUUUUCUCCAAUGAUGCCAGUUCCUGUUCCAUUUCCUAUUCCACCUAUUUAUUCUGUUUUAUAUGGUGGAGGACUCAAUCUUAAAGGCAGUAAUACCAUAGCAAGACGUACAGGUCCCUCAAGUAUAUUACAUCUUAGAUUAGAACAAACUUAUGAACAAUUUAAACAAUUAGAAAAAGAAAGAAAAAAAUGCGAGGCUGGAUUGGCUGCUCAGUUUCCUGGAAAAAGAGUAACCAGCGCAAAUAAUAUACCAAUUCCACGACUGCAAGGAAAUCCAUCAAGAGUAGAUCGGUUAAUUAUUGAUUAUCUACGAGAACAUGCCCGGGUGAUCACGUUAAUAACCAAAAUGGAGUGCUUGCGUGGAAGUUCAAUGAAUCAACGUAUACACAAGGCAAUGCAGUAUUGGCUAGAUGCAAUCAAAUUUGUUCAAGACUGUAGAAAGCAGGAGAUCGCUAAUGCUACCAAACGUCAAAAAGAAAAUCCUCACUGCAUUCUCGUAUAUAAUGAUAAUGAUAUAUUAACUCUGGCCAACAGUGUUCAUGAAUUGACGAAGGCAUCUCGGUAUGCAAGAAGCGGUAUGUAUAAUGCAAUGCAAGCAACGUUGUUGUGCGAUUUGGAUUUAGAGAAGAAAAUCAUUGAGACUUCUACUGAUCCAGUCCUUGUGAUAAAGCGUAUUGAAAAUCAGAAAACUGCUGGUACUAGCAAUUUUUCUAAUAAUAAUUAAAGAUUUCAUAAAAAUUCUCACUUCUACAUCGGUUGAUAACAGCUUUUUAUGUAUUUAGUAUUCACAAAGAUUUUUCAAUGGCUUAUAGGAAAUGUUUUUUAAUAAUCUUCUCUUUAAAACUUAGAAUGGCACUAAAUACAAAAGCUACUGGAGAGCUAAGUGUGUUAAACUUAAAGGGAGAAAAUAUUUCCACUUUUAUUAGUUCACAUCUGUGAAAGCUAAGUCUAUUAACUUUUUACAAGUUGUUUGUAACUCCAUAGUUUUUUAAUGUGUAUUCAAUACUUAAUAUCUUAUAAUAUAAAGAGUGUUUAUGGAGUAUUUUGAUGUGCACAAUUAAUUGUCCGAGUGUACAUCACAUAAUUGUACGUAAACUUUGCUUACUUGAUGGUACUAUAGAAAGUAAAAUGAAAAUAAUGCCGAUUUUCUUUAUCAGUCAUUGUAGAAACAUGUAUUUCUUUUCUAAAUUCAUGGAAUUUUUUAAUCGAUACAAACAAAAUUCUUCCUAUGCAAGCAUCUCAAAUGAUUAAUAAUUUGACUGUUACUCAGUUGCGCCAUAGGAUAAACGAUCUAGGCUACAUUUUAUCAAUAUUGAUUUAGAUAAUAGGAAAUAAUAUUUUAGACUAGUUCAAUGUGGCCUUCCUUAAAUAUAUGACCCAGAUGUGUAUCAAGUAGACAAUUCCUUCGAAACUUUAGGUGAUAUUAUAUAUUCUCCAAUACUUUAAAAGAUCAAUAUUUGUAAAGGUGCAAUCAGAUUCAUUUCGAUAUAUGCAACGUUUCUGUUGUCUUUAAAAUGUAAUUCAAAUGCUAACUAUUGUACUAUGUGCAUUACUCGUGUAGUACAUAUACUUAAGAUACGUUGGUUGCAUAUAAGAUUAAUGCGCAAAUUAGGUACAGAGUAUUCACUGAUGAACGCACAAUCACAUGACAUUUAUGUACACGUGCUAAACUUUUCAUAUAUCGUCCAUUUACACAUAUCUGUGUGCAUAGAUGUAACAUAAUCUUGUGAGUGUGCAUAAUAACAACGAGAUGAUAUUUCUGGCAAGCAGAGAUGUCUUAAUAAAUUAGUAAUAUAGUAAUUAUAGUACAUUGAAGAGUAAAAUAUACAAUAGCGACACAUUGUGUUGGCUUCUUUGAUGCGAGUCGUUGGGUCUGUGUGAUCUUAAAACUGCCUUGAGCAUCUAAUCGGUGUUAAGGGAAUAUUUGAAUAAUUUAAUUAAAACAUUAUACUUGGUAAUGCUAUGGACAAAAUAUUUAAAUGACCUAACCACUGCUGCCUGAUAUAGUAUAAUGCAUAUUACAUACAUUAACAAAAUAGGGUUUGCGAAAUAUAGUAACGACAGUUUUAGAUAUAUCAUUAUUUAAUGGAUAAUAGAUGUAGUUCAAUUACUUACAAAACAUAACACAUUUCUAUCGAAGUGUAUGCUUUGUUUUGUUUUUUGAGGUACUUAGUACAAGAAUUUUAGAAAUAAAGUACAUUUUUCUUCUUUUAAGAGCACAUUUUUGGAAAGAUAUUAUAUACGUAGUUUAGAAAUGUUUAAAUAUAUUCUCUUUAAGGAUUUAGCGCGGAAUAUUAACACGUCUUGAAAAAUAAUGAAUAUGUAUUUGUAAUUCAGGAAUUUUCUGCAUUUACUCCAUUUUUAAAAAUAAGAGAAUAAUGAAUUCCUUAGAUCUUCUAGAACAUUAGGAUGUAGAAUGGUUUUUUUUUUCUUUUUCAAAGCUAUAAAAGAUACAGUCGUAUCUUCUUUCUACUAAUAUCACAUCCGCCCACUUUUAAAUGCAGAUUCACUCAGAUAUGACGUUGAAAUGUGGAAGCCUACACAUGCUUUAAAUUAUUAUUAUUAUUUGUGUCGCUACUGUAUAUCAUUUUACAUCAUGAAUUUAGGAAAGUAUAAAUUUAGUUGAUAUAUUAUAAUGCUUAACGAAAGCAGUUGUUUUUUCACGUUAUAUUUUAUUAUUAGUUUUACCUCAUGUUAAGUGAAACCUCUAGUUUCUAAGACUUUAUAUAUCUGUUAGCAAACUUGCUACGCUUAAUUAUGGUUGACUUUAACCAGGGAUGUGAGGUCAAUAGGAUUUCACUGCCCAAACAUAUAUUUAUGCACGAAUGAAAUUAAUUAUAAUUAACGAAAAGGGAAGUUUCUGUUACGUCGAUAAAAUUUACAUUUAUUUUAUUUCGAUUUCCUAUGGCCUCAUAAUUCUAGCUAAUCAUACAAACGGCAAUGCUAUUUUUGUACAACUAUGUUUAACAAUUUUAUGAAUAUCUAAAUGUUGGGGCCAAUCAGAUUGUAUUUCUGUAAAAGCUAAUUACCACAUCCCCAGUUAAGGUUUAAUCUGUAUAAGAAAAUACUUAUCAUUCGGGAGCAUGCAUUAUUUAUGUAUUUGUAUAUAAUUGCAAGGAUUUCUAAAGCAAUUGAAACAAAAAAAAAUGUUGAUAGAUAUGUCUUCGGUAGCGUGUAUAGUAUGAUUGAGUGGUCGUUCCAAAUGUUGAAAGUUGUGUUUUAGUUUUUCAAAUAUAUAUUAUCAGGGAAUUUCUUUUAUUAAUUUAUAUUGAUUUUUCUUUUUUAAUAUGAUCUUAUAUAUGAAUAUUAUUAUUGGCUGUUCAACUGUUUGUCCACAAAUUAUUUGUAAACUUGUCAAUUGACAUUAAUGCAGAUACAAAACGUUGCAAUACUACAAUACUAGACUGUGUUGCAUUAGUUUAUACAAUAAUCUAUUGCCUAUUGUGUAACAUUACCUCACAACUUGCCACGAAACAAGUCUUCUUUUCAAUAUAAUCAAGGACAUGAGUUGAACAUCUAGUAUAUUAACACACGUGAUAAUGUUAAAUAAUUUAUCCUCUUUGUUGAUUUGAAAAUAAUUAGAAAAUAGUGAAUGAUUAAACAUUAAGUCUAACAUAAAUCGUAAUAGGCGACACGCGCACGUACAACAUGUGCGAAUUAUUACAUUUUUAUUAAAUUAUUUAUAAUUAGCGUGUGUUUGUGUUUCUUUUUUUUUCUUCAGGUUAUCAUAGGGAAGCUGUAAAUUGUAAAAGCGCAAGCCUAUAUAAAUUUGACUGUUUCUAGUAAAUUUCUUGUUUUAUUAUAUUUGUUUAUAUUAUUAUUUACUCGAUAUAAAAAUUAAAUAAAACGUGCACGCAUUUCUCCAAAGUAUAUACGUGCUUAUAAGAGUCAUAAUGUUGCAUUAUACAUUUGUACAACGAUUGAUUCCAUUGUUGUCAUACUUUAUACCAAUGAUUGCUUUUCUUAUCAAUUUUACGACCUAAGUACUUACUUAUAUUCAUGCGUAUGAUAUCGAAUGGAAAGCAAAAAAGAAAGAAUAAGAAAUGUUAUAUAAUAUAUAGUAUUUAUCUCUUUCACAUAUAAAUAGGCAUUAAAGUUUAUUGUAUUUACGGGACAAGAAUAUGCACGAGGCAAAAUAUGAGUCGGUGAUUAUGAAAAUGGCCUAAAUCGUAGAUAUAUUUGUGUUUGAAUUAUUUUAUAAUUUUAAUUUUCUAUAGUAACCAGCAGAAAAAAUUCUCUUGAGAAAAAGAGAAACAUUUUGUUAAAUGUGUAAUCGUGCGAUCUGAAAAAUAACGUGUUCUAUCAAAAUAUGUUCUUUUAAUAUUUUAAAUAACUUUUCGAUUAUUUUCAUAAUUAUCGGCUUAUGUAUAAGAGUGCACCCUCCACGGGCAUGGCUUUCGUUUCUCUAUCCUCGAGUGAGACAGAGAAAGAUUAAAUAAACAAUAUCGCAUAUUCAUUUUUGAUACGAUAUACCUAUUAUUACGAUCGAUUACGAUAAAGGAUAGUCUUUCUCUUUUGUUGAUCGAAAAGAGAAUAAAACUCCAUGUAAAUAAGGUGCCUACGAUAAACGAAAAUGUGCGAUUUAAGAUUUACGUAUUUUUCCGGGGAAAAAAAUGAAAUUAAACAAAAAUCCUAUUCGCGAUUUUGAUUAGAGACAACGGGUAAUUAUUUUGGGAUUUUAGCAGACGUUAAAGAAAGUUUAAAUCGAGAUCAAUGAAUCGACGUUUCCUCCUUCUUCUUCUUAUUAUUAUUAUCAUCUUUUUUUUCUCAGCGUGCAUUAGAAUUUUAGGUAGUAAUUUUUCAACGAUCGCUCUUUCUCCUAUAUAAUUGGGGUGGGUUUUCUUUAAAGGGAAGAAACGCGCAUAUCCUAUGAAAAGAAUAAUGAAAAAGAAAAAAAAGAAACAUUAAUAUAAUAUCCGAAAACGAAAGUAUAGCCUUAGGGAGAUACAUACAUGCAUACAUACAUAUACACAUACACAUAACACGUACAUACGUAUAGAAAUACAUAAAAUUACAUAAUAGAUACAAGCUCAAAUUUGAUGGAAGAAACUAUAUCGAAAGUUCGUAAACGAUAAUAAGAAGUAACGUUGACAAGCCGAUCGAAUAAUAAUAAUAAUAAUAAUGAUAAUAGUCAUAACAUUAAUAUUAACAAUAAUAAUAAUUGGUGUAUGUAUUACAUUGCGUAACAUUAAAUAACGAUCGACAAGAGAAGAAAAAAAGAAAAAAAGAAAGAAUGCAAGAAUGAUAUUGUAUCUAAUACGCAUUACACAUUAUAUGGUGCUAGUUGUGACA